CUCCUUCAUUCUCUCCUCUCCAUCCAGAGCAGGCUGACACCUUCACCAUGACCUCCUACGCUCGCUCCGUCACCUUUUCCGGUGGAAACCGCAUCGGCGCCAUGAGGGCCCCCAGCGUGUACGCUGGUGCCGGAGGCUCCGGAGUCCGCAUCUCCAGCACGGGUGCCCCCAGAAGCUUCUCCUCCUCCGGUGCAGGCUUUUCCGCCUCCGGUGCUGGCUUCAACCUGGCCGACGCCAUUGACAUCUCAGACAACAAGAAAAUGGCCAUGCAGAACCUCAACGACCGCCUGGCCAGUUACCUGGAGAAGGUGCGCAAGCUGGAGGCGGCCAACGCCGAGCUGGAGCUGAAGAUCAGACAGUUCCUGGAGAACAAGACCAAACCCGAGGGCCACGACUACGCUCCCUUCAAGGCUGUCAUCAGCGACCUGCAGGACCAGAUCUUAGUGGCCAACCGCACAAACGGAUCUCUCUACCUGACGAUCGAUAACGCCAAGCUGGCUGCCGAUGACUUCAGGGUCAAGUUUGAGAACGAGCUGGCCAUGCGUCAGUCGGUGGAGGCCGACAUCGCCGGGCUGAAGAGGGUCCUGGACGAGCUGACUCUGGGAAGAUCCGACCUGGAGAUGCAGAUCGAAGGUCUGAGGGACGAACUCAUCCAUCUGAAGAAGAACCACGAAGAGGACCUGCUGGCUCUGAGGGCCCAGGUGGGAGGUCAGGUGAACGUUGAGGUGGACGCCGCUCCUCAGCAGGACCUGUCCGCCGUCAUGGCUGGAAUCAGAGAGCACUAUGAGACGGUUGCCAACAAGAACCGCAGAGACCUGGAGAGCUGGUUCCAGGCCAAGACCGAUGACCUCAAUAAGGAGGUCGCCGUGAGCACAGAGUCUCUUCAGUCAUCGCGCUCUGAGGUCACAGAGGUCAAGCGCUCGCUGCAGAGCCUGGAGAUCGAACUCCAAGCACAGCUGAGCAUGAAAGCGUCUCUGGAGGGAACCCUGGCCGACACCCAGGGCCGGUACAGCCUCAUGCUGGCAGGUUACCAGAAGCAGGUGUCCUCUCUGGAGAACCAGCUGGCCCAGCUAAGAGGCGACCUGGAGCGUCACCAACAAGAGUACCAGAUGCUGCUGGAUGUCAAGACCAGACUGGAGAUGGAGAUCGCCGAGUACAGGAGGCUGCUGGACGGAGAGCUGUUCUUGCCGUCCGCCUCCUCUUCAUCUCGUAAAGUGCUGAUCAUCACCAAAGACGUCUCGGACGAUGAAGAGGUCAGCUCCGACAAGAAGUGAAGCAACAGACGCCCGUCGACACGCCGCCCGCCGUUCUCAGAAAUAAACCAAUAAAAACCUUCUGAUG